AUGCUCGAUAAAACUUUAGGAGAACUAAGAGAGGAAAGGGAAGGAUCUAGAGGAGGAAUAGAGGAACAGUUACGAACAUCAAGCAAACGAAUUACAUAUAGAAAAGAAAAAGUAAAAUCAAUUGAAUAUGAGGAUGACUUAUCAAAUACAAGUACAACACAGUUGAAACGUUAUAGAAAAGAUCAAAGUGAAAUGAAUUUAAGCACCAGGUUAAAUGAAAUAAAAAACGAAAAUGAAGAGAUAAGAAGUCAGUCUAGUUCUGUUGAAAGAGAAAGUUUGAAACUAAGGAAAUUACAAGAAAUAGAAAAGAAGAAAAACAGAUUAUUUAUUGAGAAUCAAUCGAGACUUGAAGCUGAAAUUGAAAAUAAGAGGAGAGCGGAGAGAGAAUUAAGUGAAAGAAUAAAGCUAUUAGAAAGUCAGGAAGCAGAUUUGAAUAUGAAACGGAAUGAGAAUGAGAGGCUUGAAAGAUUAAUGUUAGUUAAAAAGAAAGAAGAUGAAGCAUUAAGAAUGAAAUUGAAGCUUUUAUCGGAGAAAGAAAAGUUGUUAAAGGAUAGAGUAGAGACAGGAAUAGAUGAAAUAAGAAAAAGAACAGCAAAACAAAGAGGAAAUGAUAUAUUUGUAGACGAAAAUGAAAUACUACGAAGAGAUGAGAGAGAUGUAACAAGAACAUUUGAAGAACCUCAUGUUCCGGAUGGAGUUGGAAUGACAGAGUUAGAUAACAAGAUAGGAUUUAAUGAUGGAAAGUAUAGACAGAAGAAGGAGGAUUUUCCUCUAUUUAAGGUUGGACAACCUAAAAUACCACAUUUUAAUGGAAGUCAUUUUGAACAGUGGAGGAUGGAAAUAUCUUGCUUAGUUGAAUCUAUGAUGUAUCCUGAUUAUGCAUUAGUAGUAGGAGCUAACGGAUAUCUAUCCAUUGCAUCAUCAAGCUUCGAGUUUGAUGUUGAAUUCAUUAUUUCUUGCUCAAAUUAUUAUUACCUCAGGUAUUGUACACAGUAA